AUCAAAUACAUUUUAUACACUUAUAUUCCAUCCAUUUAAUAUAGAGAUUUAACGCAUAAAAAUGACAGACUCGAGUUCGAUUGUAUUAGAGAUCGAACAAAACUUUGCUCUUCUUGGCUUAGCAUCUGUCAAUUAUGACAACAGAUACAUUUCCAAAGUAUUCCGUGAACUUGGACCUUUAAGAAGGAAGAUUGCGAGUCAAUCAUCCCCAAUUGAGAUAUUGGCCACUAUUGUGGCAAAGACGUACCUGGAAGAACACCCACACUACUCUUACCUUAAGGAAUUAGUUGGAGAAGCUCCCAAAAUUGUCUCUGAAUCAGAUAUGGAUGUUGACACUGAAGAAGAAAAUGACGCUACCAACACCACAUCUCCUUCUUCAGUAGUUCUUCCAGAGGUUGAUCUCUACAUCCAUCUUCUUGUUCAAUUACUUCUUCUUGACCAAAAGAAUCUUACUGUCUUGGAUAAAUUCAACCAUUUUGUAAUCAAUGCCCUUCAAUCUUAUAAUAAGCGUUCCCUUGAUUUCAUUCAAGCCAAAAUAUGGUUCUAUAUUGCUAGAACUAAGGAAUUGAUUGGAGAUGUGGUUUCAAUUCGUCCACAAUUAUUGAACGCAUUAAGAACCUCUACCCUUAGACAUGAUAAUGAAUCCACUGGUUCUCUUAUAACUCUUUUAUUAAGAAACUAUCUUUUAACUCAUGACAUUAAUCAAGCCUCAAAUUUGGUGGAAAAGACCGUUUUCCCUGAAGAAGCAGGAAAUGCAUUGUCUGCUAGAUAUUACUACUACUCAGCCAAGAUUAAUGCCAUUCAUUUGGAUUAUUCCAGUGCUCAUGAAUGUGUAGUUGCUGCCAUCAGAAAAUCUCCACAAACUCAUCUUGCCAAUGGAUUCAUCAAGGCAGCAACUAAAUUGAACAUUAUCAUUGAUUUGUUGAUGGGUGAUAUCACAGAAUUGAAGGUUUUCCAAGAUAACGAACAAGAUUAUCAACCAUAUUUUGAAGUUACUAAGGCGGUUAAAUUGGGUGAUUUAAAACUUUUCGGUGAAGUAUUAAAGAAAUAUGAACCUGUUUUCAAAUCAGAUGAUAUGUACACCUUGAUUCUUAGAUUAAGACAAAAUGUUAUCAAGACAGGGAUUAGAAUUAUUUCAUUAUCAUAUCUGAAAAUUUCUUUGAAAGAUAUUUGUAUUAAAUUACAUUUGGAUUCAGAGGAACUGACAGAAUACAUUGUAUCCAAGGCUAUCCGUGACGGGGUUAUAGAAGCUAGUAUCAACCAUGAACAUGGAUACAUGCAAAGUAAAGAACUUUUGGAUAUUUACUCUACAAAAUUACCACAACAAGCAUUUAACCAAAGAAUCAAGUUUUGUUUGUCAUUACACAGUGACAGUGUCAAAUCCAUGAGAUACCCACUGGAUAGUGACAACAAGUCUGAACUGAAGAAUACUAUAGACCUGAAGGAUGAAGAAUUCGAUUUAUUGAAGGCGAUUGAAGAAGGUGAUCUUGAUGAUUUCAUGGAUUAGAUAUAAUAUUUUUUUAGAUGAU